UUUACAGCCUUUCAGUGGAAUCUAUCUGAAUAAUACUGAGCAAGGCAUGUAUCACUGUGUAUGCUGCAAUGCUGCACUGUUCAGCUCCGAAACUAAGUACGAUUCUGGCACCGGUUGGCCUUCUUUCUGGCAAAUUUAUGGUACAGUGGACAGUGAUGAAACCAAUACCAAUGUCCUACGCCGAACAGAUAACUCUAUGGGAUCAACUGGAACAGAGGUUAUUUGUAAGAAGUGUGAUGCACACCUGGGUCACGUGUUUGAUGAUGGACCAGAACCUACAGGACAUCGAUUUUGCAUCAACAGCAUUGCAUUAACUUUCAAACCCAAGACAACAGAAUGAUUUGUAACAAAACAUUGUGCAGUAAUUUGUUUUGUAAUAACUGGUUUAACCUAGACUGAUGGCCCAACAGUGUCAAUUCCAUAAAUUAAUGCCACUAAUUGCUUCCCUAGUGGCUUCUUCUGAGUGGUACAAACUUUAAAAUAUUUAUUGUGCAUUAACAGAAAAAACAAAUUGUAUGCAUUGGUGUUUGUGUCAAGAUAUUAGAGACUGUUUGUCAUUGUCAGUGUUUACAGUAUAUGAUCCACUAGCCAUAUAAUUUUGGAAGAAAGUAAUGUUAAAUUAAUAUCAAAGUGAUUUUAUUUUGUGCAAAUAAUGUUUAAAAUAUCAUAAAAAUGUUACAUUAUCAGAUAUAAAGUAGAAAAUGCUAGUGAUACACUGAUAUAAAAUGAUAGGUUAAUGCUUUGAGUAGAGAUCCUUCAUCAGAAUCCAAUCCUACCUAUAAUAUUGUAUUCUUGCUUCUUUUGGAAUUGCCUAAAAUGAUGGGCCUUUCUCAAAUUUGCAGUUUUCCUCUUUGCAGCAUUAAACUUGUGGCCUCCCAGCCUAAAGUAACCAACA